GUGUCACUGUCCGACUGGUCCCUCCCGGGGGAAGCGUCUAGAACAAUUAGUUCCUCUUCACCGUAUACUCAGAUCCCCGGGAGGACCUCCGGAAUUCUAAGCUCGUAUUGUUCUCGGACAGAGAUUGGCCUCACCAAGUACUCCCAAACCCCCGGUCCUGUGUACCCAUGAGGUCUGACUCUGGAUUUCCCGAGAGGAAAUUUGGAUGUCCGUGACUGUUUCCGGGGGGGAGCUGAGAAGGCGAAGCUCACUUCCGGCAGAAGGAGGCUUUCUGACCCGGGAUGGAGGCGACCGAGGAUCUGCUCUUGGGGAGCGGGAGACUGCAAUUAGCCCCCGAUCCACGCCUGGGCCCGGACUCGGGAUGGAGCCUUCCCAGAGAAGACUGUGCACCGGGACUCAAAGAUGUCCCGCCCGGACAGACCCGAGCCAUCCUCGCUCUAAAGAAUCUCCCUCGGGGCUUGGCCCUUGGCCCCUCACUCACCGCGGAACAGCGCUUGGGGGUCUGGUGUGUCGGGGAGCCCUUGCAGCCGGGACUGCUCUGGGGGCCGCUGGAAGAGGAGUCUGUCUCCAAGCAGAAGGGGAAUGGAGUGGAACCAAAGCGGAAGGAGGCUGUGUCACUAGGCUCAUGGGGAGACGUGUGUGCUUGUGAGCAGAGUGCAGGCUGGACUAGUUUGGUGCAGCGGGGCAGGCUGGAGGGCGAGGGGAACGUGGCCCCAGUGUGGAUCAGCGAGAGGCUCCACCUGCAGGUGUCCCGGCUCGUGCUGCCGGGCUUUGAGCUGCGGCUGUGGCCCCAGCGUCCCUCUGAGGGCCUGAGCCCCACCCAGCCCAGGCUAGAGGAAGCGGCAUCCUCAGCGGCAGUGACAGAAGUGGAGUCUGCUGUGCGGCCGGAAGUGGCCUCCCCCAGGGAGGAAGCAGUGGAACCUGGCCCAGAUCCUGGUCACUGGUCACCCCCCAGCAUCCAGGCAGAGAGUGUGGUGAGCCCUGGACUUACGCCCCAGACCCAGGCCCCGGUUUCUGAGGAGAGCCAGCCACUCAGCCCGCUGCCUGAAGAUGGCCGCAUGGGUGAGGAGGGCCCGCCCCAGACCCCACCUGGACCUCAGAGCAGCUCCGCUCCCCAGCAGGGCCCUGCACGGGGUGAGGUCGCUUCCGCUUCUUCUGACAGGGCCCCCCAGCUCUGUGCUCCCCUGGUCAAGAAGCUGCGGAGCCCCAGCGGUCCGAGCCCACCCAGGGGGAAGACCUCGGAGCCUGGGGCCCAGGCAACUGCAGAGCAACAGCACGCUGAAUUCCCUGCACGCCUGCGGAGCCCCCCUGGCCCGGCGGGAGGCCCCCCGAAACAGGGCCGGCGGCACCGCUGCGGGGAGUGUGGCAAGGCCUUCCUGCAGCUCUGCCACCUGAGGAAGCACGCGUUCGUGCACACGGGCCACAAGCCCUUCCUCUGCACGGAGUGCGGCAAGAGCUACAGCUCGGAGGAGAGCUUCAAGGCCCACACGCUGGGCCACCGCGGGCUGCGGCCCUUCCCCUGCCCGCAGUGCGACAAGGCCUACGGCACCCGGCGGGACCUCCGGGAGCACCAGGUGGUCCACUCCGGCGCCCGGCCCUUCCGCUGCGAGCAGUGCGGCAAGGCCUUCGCCCGCCGGCCCUCCCUGCGGCUGCACCGCAAGACGCACCAGGCGGCGGCGGCCCCCGCCCCGUGCCCCUGCCCCGUGUGCGGGCGGCCCCUGGCCAGCCAGGGCUCCCUACGGAACCACAUGCGGCUGCACACGGGGGAGAAGCCCUUCCUCUGCCCGCACUGCGGCCGCGCCUUCCGCCAGCGGGGCAGCCUGCGCGGGCACCUGCGGCUGCACACGGGCGAGCGCCCGCACCGCUGCCCGCACUGCGCCGCCGCCUUCCCGCAGCGGCCGGAGCUGCGGCGCCACCUCAUCUCCCACACGGGCGAGGCCCACCUCUGCCCCGUGUGCGGGAAGGCGCUGCGGGACCCGCACACGCUGCGCGCCCACGAGCGCCUGCACUCGGGCGAGAGGCCCUUCCCCUGCCCGCAGUGCGGCCGGGCUUACACGCUGGCCACCAAGCUGCGGCGCCACCUGAAAUCCCACCUGGCCGACAAGCCCCACCGCUGCCCCACCUGCGGCAUGGGCUACACGCUCCUGCAGAGCCUCAGGCGGCACCAGCUCAGUCACCAGCCCGGGGCCCCCGCCAGCCCGCCCUGUGUGCCGCCCGCCACUGCCGAGCCCACCGUGGUGUUCCUGCAGGCCGAGCCAGAGCCGCUGGACGCGGGCAGCGAAGAGGACGGCGCCCCGGCCCGGGACUUCUUCCAGGUCACCAUUUCCGAGAGCCAGGAGAAGCGCUUUGUGGCGCCUGAGGAGCCGGACCCUGCCCCCGGCCUGGUGCUCAUCCACAAGGACCUGGGCUUCAGCACCUGGGCCGAGGUGGUGGAGGUGGAGACGGGGACCUGACAGCCUCGCCUCACCCUACAGAGCUCUGUAGGGAGGCUCGGCGGUCUGAGCUUGGGUGAACUUCCUCUCCGGGUUCCCGAUAGAGGCCAGGCUGUGAGAAGCAGGUCAGGGACUUCCCUUCCCGUUUCCAGACAACCACAUUGUUCCCCAAGACCCUUAAUAAGGUAAACCACUUAUGGAUCUUCUAUGAAACUCUGCUGCUGCCUACAGGGGGGCUUGUCCUGCCUCCUCCCUGGGGGCCUCGGGGUGCCUGUCUGAUCACCGCGGAGGUGACCCUGCCCAGGCUGUCAGUGCCGGCCUCUGUCUCUCCUGUCCAGUUCCCUGAGGGUCGUGUACUUCUCUGUGGUCCUAAACAGAAGGCCAGAGAGACUCGGCUCACAAGUCUCUGAGUCUGACUGAAGGUUAUUUUGGCAGCUUUUCUCACCCCUAAGGGCUGUGAGGGUGACUUCUGUUCUGUGCUGAGCUCACCAGACUCGCUGGAGGUGCCUGGGGCCAGGUCUGCACCUUCUGUGCGUCUGGCCAAAGGCAACCCUGUGAAGGGAAGGAACGAAGGACAAAUGUGUUUUGAAUCAGCUGUGGGCCUGGCCUGCCUGAGUUGCUGGGGACACAGCUGUGACCGAGGCAGAGCAGAGCUCUUUGCAGAGCUCAGGUCUGCGGGGGCAAAGAGCGCGGGAUGAGUGCAGGGAGGAGUGCUUCCCAGUGCUGGGGACGUGUUUUAAUGGGGUGGGUCAGCUUGGCGUCAGGGAAGGUGCCCACAGGAAAUGGUAAUAAACAUCCUUUUUUGUGGGCCAGUC